GCCCUCCCUCCCGUCGCCCCCCACCCAAUUUCCUAAUCCAUGGACGCCAUGCCCGGCGCGCCCGUCCACGAGCCGCUGCUCGCGGCGGCGCGGCCCGGCAAGGACGCGGCGGCGGCGGCGGCGGACGAGGAUGGGGCGCGUCAGGGCCUCGCCGCGGCGGAGGUGAAGCGGCUGGUGCGGCUCGGCGGGCCCAUCAUCGCCAGCUGCAUCCUCCAGAACGUCGUCAACAUGGUGUCCGUCAUGGUCGUCGGCCACCUCGGCGAGCUGCCCCUCGCCGGCGCCUCCCUCGCCACCUCCCUCGCCAACGUCACCGGCUACAGCCUCCUCACUGGCAUGGCGACGGCGAUGGACACGCUCUGCGGCCAGGCCUACGGCGCGCGGCUGUACCACCGGCUCGGCGUCUACAAGCAGCGCGCCAUGGUGGUGCUCUCGCUCGCCUGCGUCCCCAUCGUCCUCAUCUGGGGCAACACCGCCAGGAUCCUGGUGUUCCUCGGCCAGGACCCGGGCAUAUCGGCCGUGGCCGGCGAGUACGCGCGGUGGAUGAUCCCGUCGCUCGUCGUGUACGUGCCGCUGCAGUGCCACAUACGGUUCCUGCAGUCGCAGAGCAUCGUCCUGCCCGUGACAGCCAGCUCCGGCACCACGGCGCUCUGCCACCCGCUCGUGUGCUGGCUGCUGGUGUACAAGGCCGGCCUGGGGAGCAAGGGCGCCGCGCUCAGCAACGCCGUCUCCUACGGCAUCAAUCUGGUCAUACUGUCUCUGUACGUCAGGCUGUCGAGCACCUGCAAGAACACCUGGAGCGGCUUCUCCCGGGAGGCGUUCAAGGAUCUGCGCCAGUUCACCGCGCUCGCCAUGCCGUCUGCCAUGAUGAUCUGCUUGGAGUGGUGGUCAUUUGAAAUCCUUGUGCUUCUCUCUGGGCUUCUGCCGAAUCCUCAGCUUGAGACAUCAGUGCUGUCAAUAUGCCUUAACACAGGGGCUCUGCUGUACAUGGUACCACUUGGCCUUUCUUCUUCUAUCAGCACGCGCGUCUCAAACGAACUUGGCGCUGGCCACCCAGAAGCAGCAAAGCUAGCGACGCGAGUGGUCAUGUACAUGGCCUUGUCUGUAGGAUUGGUGUUAGCCCUGACCAUGGUCUUGCUACGGAAUGUUUGGGGGUACCUGUACAGCAAUGAGCAGGAAAUCGUCACAUACAUUUCAAGGAUGCUGCCCAUUCUCGGAAUAUCCUACUUGAUAGAUGGACUGCACAGUUCUCUUUCAGGCGUGCUUACCGGCAGUGGCAAGCAGAACAUCGGCGCAGCAGUGAAUCUCGGUGCGUUCUACCUGUUAGGCAUUCCCUUGGCUGCGAUGCUUGCGUUUGUCUUCCACCUAAACGGAAUGGGUCUCUGGCUUGGCAUCGUUUCCGGCAGCUUUACCAAACUGGUGCUGCUUACAUUUAUCGCAUGCCGCAUAGAUUGGGAAAAGGAGGCACUAAAGGCACAGGACAGGGUCUUGGGCUCAGCUCACCUACUUCCAGUAUCGUAGCAACGUGAAGCAUCAAUCAUGUGGAUACACUAUGGCACUUGUGCGUUGAUGAGACAUUCUUCAGCAAGGUCGACAUAUGGUCCUCGGAUGUAAAACAGAGCAGCCUCAAACAUGAGAUCAGCAGGCAGGCAGGCAUGAUCCAGACAUUUUGGCAGUUGUAUGUUUGGUCGGAUUCAUUCUUGCGGUAAGUGUGUAAAUGAGCUCUUGCUAUAGGAGACAGUCUGUGGGUAAGCAAUGCGCGGCGAAACCAUUGUAAUCUCCACCCAAUUUGAUCCAAUGAUGUUUGUUGUGUGGCAUGUUGAGAUGCAUAUAUCCAGUAAGCAGCUUGGGGGGCGUCUGGAACACAUAGCAACUGAAACUGAAUAUGAUUGAUUUGAAGAACUUGAUCAGUUGCAAGCUACUCCCUCCGUUUCUUGUUAGUUUGCAUAUAAAAUUUGUUUCAAGUCAAACUUUGUAGUUUGACCAACUUCAUAGGAAAAAUAUAGCAACAUUCACAAUACGAAAUCAAUGUCAUUGCAUGGAUCAUCAAAUUAGUUUUCAUACUAUAUGACUUUAAUAUUGUGGUUGUCGAUAUUUUUUAAUAAAAAUUUGGUCAAACUUUGUGUACAAACUCAAUUAUUCUAAAACAAACGAAAAAACAUUUAAAAUAUAUUGAAUGUAUUACAUCACAGUAACAGACUAACAGUAACAGGGAAACAUAACUAGAAUUAAAUUUCUGAAGAAAAAUACAGUGUGUCACAUACUUUUUUACUGUUUUCUCGAAUGCUGAGCUUUCUAAAACUUAUUUGUUGCAUUGUCAUUCUCAAACUGAUGGCCCUUAAGUGAAUAUACGGUUAAUGUAAGAAUUUUCAUUUUUGUGACAAAUCGUUGCAUGGAUUUAAUAUGCUAGUUAUUGUUUUCAUCUUCCUUGGAUGCCAAAUUUGUCUUCAUGAACCAAGAUGAAGCACUUUUAUUAUUUUUUUGUGUGGAGAAGCCACACUGUUUUGCAGAUAUAAAAUGUGGAAAAACUGCUACAUUUGUAAUACUUAUUCAAAUAUAGUUAAAAUCGUCACCUUAUCUUA